AACUGGCCCCUAGCGGCCCUUGUCGGCCUGGGGCUCCGCUCCAGAGCCGCAGUCCCUGGCGCCGUGGAGAGCCGCUGUCCUAGCGCCUGGACGAUCCGCACCAGCGGCAGCGACCGGACCCCAGCGCCUGGGACACCUAACUUGAUAACGCUAGCCUGGCCCUGCUUGUUCUCCGGGUCCCUUCCUGCUGCGGAAAGGCUCGGCACGCCCCUCUGCGAUGCAGCUUCUUGAGGCUGCACAGACCCCCCGGAGUUGCCACGUCCGAUAGCCAAAGCUGCAGGGACAAAUCUUGCGCCACCUUAACAAUAAAAGUAAAUGCUAAUGUGUCUGCACCGCCUCUCACUCGGCACUUUAUAAACAUUUGGCACGGUACUAGCUCUCAUCUUCCCUUGGGAGGGAGAGAGCAUUGGCAGUUGCUGGGUAAUUUGAAGACUACUGUGGAGGGUUUGGUGUCAGCCAACUGCCCCAAUGUCUGGUCCAAGUAUGGUGGCCUGGAGCGGCUUUGCAGGGACAUGCAGAACAUUCUGUAUCAUGGGCUCAUCCAUGACCAGGUAUGUUGCCGACAGGCAGAUUACUGGCAGUUUGUGAAAGACAUUCGGUGGUUGAGUCCGCACUCAGCCCUUCAUGUUGAGAAGUUCAUCAACUUGCAUGAGAAUGGCCAGAGCAGUGCUGAUGUGAGCAACCGUGCUGUUGCAGAGCUCUGGCUGCAGCACAGCCUGCAGAGCCACUGCCUCUCGGCCCAGCUCCGGCCUCUGCUUGGGGAUAGACAGUAUAUCAGAAAAUUCUACACAGAAACUGCUUUCCUGCUAAGUGAUGCCCAUGUCACAGCCAUGCUCCAGUGCCUGGAAGCAGUGGAGCAGAACAACCCCCGUCUCCUGGCUCAGAUUGAUGCAUCUAUGUUUGCCAGAAAGCACGAGAGCCCACUGCUGGUUACAAAGAGCCAGAGUCUGACGGCUCUGCCUGGUUCCACAUACACCCCUCCAGCCAGCUGUGCUCAGCAGACCUACUUCGGUUCCUCCUCUAACCUGCACCAGUCCAUGCCCCACCACAGCUCAGAGAGAAGAUCCACUUCCUUUUCACUUUCUGGCCCUCCCUGGAAACCUCAAGAAGACAGAGACCUCUCACCAGCAGAGAGUCAAACCGCCCAAGCUCCACUGCUUUCAGACCCAGCUCUAGCCCAGGAUUCCCCACUGACCCCACAUGAAAUGAGUUCCAGCACUCUGACUAGCCCCAUAGAAGCAUCCUGGGUCAGCAGCCAAAAUGACUCCCCAAGUGAUGCCAGUGAGGGGCCAGAGUACCUGGCUAUCGGCAACCCAGACCCCCAUGGCCGGACUGCCAGUUGUCAGAGCCACAGCAGCAAUGCCGAGAGUAGCAGCUCUCACUUGUUCUCCUCCAGCAGCCCUCAGAAGCCAGAUUCUGCUGCUUCUUCUUUAGGGGACCAAGAGGCAGGUAGGCAGAGUCAGCCAGGCAGUGUCCUUCGCAGGUCCAGCUUCUCAGAAGGGCAGACAGUCCUUGUUGCCAGCGGGACAAAGAAGAGCCAUAUUCGCUCCCAUUCGGACACCAACAUUGCCUCCAAAGGAGCCACAGAGGGUGCUCAGGACCUGUGCUCAGGGGAAAGCAUGUUUCGAAGACCAUCAGAAGGGCAGUCCCUCAUCAGUUACCUCUCUGAGCAAGACUUUGGCAGUUGUGCAGACCUGGAAAAGGAGAAUGCCCACUUCAGCAUCUCAGAGUCCUUGAUUGCUGCCAUUGAGCUGAUGAAAUGCAAUAUGAUGAGCCAAUGUCUAGAGGAGGAGGAAGUGGAGGAGGAAGACAGUGACAGGGAGAUCCAGGAACUGAAGCAGAAGAUCCGCCUUCGGCGCCAGCAGAUCCGCACCAAAAACCUGCUCCCCGCAUACCAGGAGACUGAGCAUGGAAGCUUCCGGGUCACCUCCAGCAGCUCCCAGUUUAGCUCACGUGACUCUACACAGUUCUCGGAUUCUGGCUCUGCUGAUGAUGUUGAUGAGUUUGAAAUCCAAGAUGGUAGUGAAGGCUCUAACCUGACUCACAUGUCAAAGAGUGGACUCUCAGUUUCAGUGGCCUCCAUGUUCUCAGAUGCUGACAUCAGGAGGAGUACAGUCUCAAAUGGCAAAUCAUCCAUCUCCCAGAACUUCUCCCAUUGCUUCCUGCACUCCACAUCCGCUGAGGCAGUGGCCAUGGGGCUUCUGAAGCAGUUCGAGGGCAUGCAGCUUCCAGCUGCCUCAGAGCUAGAGUGGCUAGUUCCAGAGCACGAUGCCCCGCAGAAGCUCCUGCCUAUCCCCGACUCACUGCCCAUCUCACCAGAUGACGGGCAGCAUGCAGACAUCUACAAGCUGCGUAUCCGUGUCCGUGGCAACCUGGAAUGGGCUCCACCCCGGCCUCAGAUCAUUUUUAAUGUUCAUCCAGCCCCGACGAGGAAGAUUGCUGUGGCCAAGCAGAAUUACCGCUGUGCAGGCUGUGGCAUCCGGACUGACCCUGGUAAAGCUUUGUCCUCUCCCAUGCCUGUCGGAGGUGACCUUCGAGGAGAUUAUAUCAAGCGGCUGCGGUACUGUGAGUACCUGGGCAAGUAUUUCUGUCAGUGCUGCCACGAGAACGCCCAGAUGGUCGUCCCCAGCCGCAUUCUGCGCAAGUGGGACUUCAGCAAGUACUCCAUCAGCAACUUCUCCAAGGACCUGCUCAUUAAGAUCUGGAAUGAUCCUCUUUUCAAUGUGCAGGACAUCAAUAGCGCCCUCUACAGGAAGGUCAAGCUGCUCAAUCAAGUCCGGCUGCUGCGGGUUCAGCUGUACCACAUGAAGAACAUGUUUAAGACCUGCCGACUGGCCAAAGAGCUUUUGGAUUCCUUUGACGUAGUUCCAGGCCACCUGACAGAGGAUCUCCACCUGUACUCACUGAACGACCUGACUGCGACCAAGAAGGGGGAGCUGGGACCCCGGCUGGCUGAGCUCACCAGAGCAGGAGCUGCCCAUGUAGAGAGAUGCAUGCUGUGCCAAGCCAAGGGCUUCAUCUGUGAGUUCUGCCAGAAUGAGGAUGAUGUCAUCUUUCCUUUUGAGCUACAUAAGUGCCGGACCUGUGAAGAGUGUAAAGCAUGUUACCAUAAAGUUUGCUUCAAGUCUGGAAGAUGCCCCCGGUGUGAGCGGCUACAGGCCCGGCGGGAGUUGCUGGCCAAGCAGAGCCUGGAGUCCUACCUGUCUGACUACGAGGAGGAGCCCACGGAAGCCUUGGCUCUAGAGGCCACUGUCCUGGAGACCACCUGAGGAAAGGACCUAACCCUUUGUCUAAAGGGACUGGCUACGGUCAAACGAUACAGAACUGAACCACACCUUCAAGGAAGGUGAUGGGGCCUUUUUAAAAAGUAUAUUGUCAUUUUUUUAUGACUUGUCUGCUGUCCAGGUGUAGGCAACCUUUAUUGGUUGAUUGGUCCAGCCUGUUGUGACAGUAUCUGUGUGCAUUGGGUAUUCCCAUCAGAACUGCCACUUGGACUGGCUCUUGUCAGGGGAAUGGACAGCGAGUGAGACCCAGUUCUUCUGACAUGCCUGGCCUGUCCCUCGAGGACCAGAUCUGAUUGCAGCUGCAGCUCAAGGCUCAUUCCCACUCUUGACUUAGUUCCCCAGCUUCUGAGCCAGGCCUUCCUCAGCCAGUGGUCUUCCUUCAGCUUGGCUGCUAAGAUGGGAAUGGGAUUUUCCUGUCACAGUCCCGAAAGAGAACAAGACUGUGCCCUGAGGCUGGGAAGAGAAUGGGGCUACCCGGUGGGCAUUCUGUACAACUUAUGUAGGCACUGAGGGAUGGGUAAGAACACAAUCCUUAAUCCUAGAAUCCUUAGAGACCUCAAGGAGGCAAGCAUGACUUCCCUGUUUCAAGUAUACCAGGCAUCGGUGGACACAAGCCAGCUUGUGUACUCUGAUGGGCUUGAAGCAAAGAACAGAACUGAAUCUUAGGCCAGGCCCAUUUGUAGCCAGCACUGCACACAUAAGUAAGGUGCAGCUGUUGCCUGAGGAACAUUUAUUCAGAUAAAGGAUAAUGGCUGCCUCUUGGGUGUUCAGUCUCUAGUUAACUAGCUUGAGCACAGGUGCACUUCAAGCUCAGGCAAGUCCCUCAUGCCAGCCUAAGGCGAGGAUAGAAACCCCACCCACCAUCUUAAUAGUGGUCCCUUACUGCUCUGUAUGACUGUGUGACCACUCUGGUUCUGCAUAAAGGUGUGACCCAACUCCAUUCUCCGUCCCUUCCCCCAGCAGAGCGGGGGCCUCCCAUUGGCUGACCUCUUGCCUUAGGUUCUUUUGUCAGUCGGGAGAAGCCUGUCCACUUAGUAGCAUUGGAGAACUUGACAGUUUGUGAAUGUUUGUUUGCUCAGAGUAACAGGAGCCUUUAUGCCGUUUAUGCACUUAACUCUUCAGCCUCAGUAAUGUAUGUUAAAUCAUCUGUUCAUAGUACUGAUUUUAAUAGACUCCUCCCCAUCACUUAAUGUGCAUUUUAUGGGGUUUGCUAGACUAAGCCAGACACUUGCUGCAGCGCCUAACCUCUGUAAGCACUGGUCAGGGCUGCAUCUCAGAUCCUGGCAGUUCUGGGAACUGAUGUCCACAGUGCUUUUGUUCUAGAACUGACUUCUUCCGUGUACCUGUCUUCCUGUACUUGGUUGCUAGUGAAAUAAUUGGCCCGAGCACUGCCCCAAGAAGCCAAAGUUGCAAGUGGUUGGUGGAAGCGGGCAGGUUCUGAGCUGCAGGGAACAAGGGGUCUCCCCGAGAGACAGAAGGGACGCUGAUGUAACAGCCACACUGAGCUCUGGCAGAGCAAGAAGAACAUGUCAGAACUGGCCCAUGGUGAGGUUCCUCUGCCUCACGUUUGGGAGCUGACAACAGCAUUGGACCGGUUGACUAGGACUCUUCUCUCAGUUGUAGGUGAGACCCAAAGCUGAGGCCAAGGCCACUUUGAAGGGCUGGUUAGAAAUCCCCCUUCCUUCAAGGAGAUGUAGGAAUGACCCCUUUAAACUCAAGUGUCACCAAGUCAGACCUCGGAUACAGACUCUGACUGGACUUCCAGUUUGUGGCUGACUUCCAGCUCACUCUAAGUCACCACACUUGAGGAGAUUGCCACCGCCCACACUCCCAGUCAACACAGGUUCAAGCUGGCCUCAGCCAUGGCACUAAGUUUCAGUGUUCCCCACCUCCCAACCCGUCCCUUUAGAUCACAUGUCUUUUAGUGCCCCCUGAUUCUGUGCUGUCAUUAUGUCCAAAUACAUGUGUUUAUUUAUUUGGGAGUGGGGAACAGAGGAGAUGUCAUGAAAGCACUUUGUCACUUGACAGUAUCUGAGAAUCCCUGCUGUGGAGAAUUCUGAAUGCACUGAAGAGAGCUUGCUGGAGGCGGCUGGAGUGAGGCAUUUUCUCUGUACAAAGGGAAGCAUUUGUUCCUGAGGUGGAGACUAGCUCCAAGGCACCGAGAGGCCUGGGAGCCCACAGCUCGGCACUUAGGAGGUUCCUAUCAACUCCCUCUGCCAAGGGUUGAGAGCUUUGGCUGAACUAACAGAAAAGGAGCAAGAGUCUAAAUAAAAAGAUCUGUUUGUGUACAAUUUGUGUCUUGAACUGGAUUUUCACCUGCUGUAAUUCAUGUACAUCCUAACAGUUCAUGGUCAUCUUUAAUAAACUUAAGGACAUGGAAUCUU